AUGCCUUUUUCUGACCACAUCUCCUCAUCUCUGCCCUGUUUACCUGAGUUUACAGCUCUGCUUCACCUGUCCCAGUUUCCUGCCACACUAACAUCCCCUCAAUCAGCUACAUCCAUGUUUUAUUUCCUCUGCCUCUCAACUCGAUGGUCCUCUUCAUCUUUCCCUCUGCUGCUUCUCACAUUACUGAGCAGACAGAUAGGACUGGAGGGGGUUCAGGGAUCAGUCUGCUCUCGGUGGGAAACACACGACAACAACAAGGGCCUUUCUCAGGAUGGUGAUGUGAUUAUUGGCGGGCUCUUUAAUCUCAAUUACUUGCUUUCAUUUACAGAGCAGGACUUCACUAAGAAGCCAUAUUUUGAGCCUUGCACCGGUUUGAACAUACUGCCAUCAAAGCUGAUGUAUGCCAUGACAUUUGCGGUGGAGGAGAUAAAUCGUAACAGUACCCUGCUACAAGGAGUGAAGCUGGGUUACCGUAUACUGGACAGCUGGGGUCAGUCUGCGCCACUGAUCAUUGGCCCUGGAUUCUCUUCAAUGGGGGUUAUAUUAUCCAGGAUACUGGGGCCUCUCUCUGUACCACUAAUAAGUUAUUCAGCAACUUGUCCUUGUCUCAGUGACAGGCACAAGUUUCCAAAUUUUUUCAGAACCAUCCCGAGUGAUAUUUACCAAGCUCGAGCCAUUGCACGGCUGGUUUUCCACUUCAAAUGGACUUGGAUUGGAGCAGUGAUAGCAAAUGAUGAUUAUGGUCAUUCUGCAUUACAGGUGUUCCAGGAGGAGAUUCAGGGAAAAAGGAUCUGUUUAGAAUUUAUUGAAACAGUCAGAUGGGAAACAAUAAUGGAUGAUGUCAAAAAAACAGCAAUUACAAUUCAAGCUUCAACUGCCAGGGUGAUUCUGAUUUUUUGCUGGUAUAUUGGGGUAAUUCCACUAUUUCUUGAACUGACUGAGAAAAAUGUGACUGACAGACAGUUUCUGGCCAGUGAGGCCUGGAGCACCAGAGAUGCACUUCUCCAAAAUCUUGCCAUAUCCAAAGUAGCAAGUGGUGUUGUUGGUGUGGCCAUUCGAAGUUCACCAAUCCCUGGAUUUGAACAUUAUCUUAGAAGUUUAAACCCAUAUAAUCAUCCAAAUGAUGUGUUUGUAAGAGAAUUGUGGGAGAAAGAGUUUGGUGGGACAGAGUCCCUGAAGGAGGUGCAGAGUGUCUUUACUGACGUGUCUCAGUUGAGGUGGACAUAUAAUGUGUAUCUUGCUGUUUAUGCAGCAGCUCACGCCCUUCACAGCCUUCUCUCCUGCCCAAACAGAGACAGUCCUACAAACAACAGCUCCACCUGCUCCUCUGCAAAACACAUCAAACCCAGAGAGCUUCUGCAGCAAUUAAACAAACUGAAUAUUUCCACACCACAUGGAGAAAUGUUUUAUUUCCAAGGAGCUGAUAUUCCUGCAAAGUUUGACAUUGUCAACUGGCAGAAAACCCCUGAGGGUUCACUUAAACUGGUGUUGGUUGGUUAUGUGGAUGAGUUUAAUGUCCACCUAAAUGAGUCAGUUAUCCAGUGGAACACAGGAUCCAGUGAGGUUCCUGUCUCAGUAUGCAGUAAGAGCUGUCCCCCAGGUACCCGAAUGGCCAACAGGAAAGGAGAACCUGUUUGCUGCUUUGACUGUAUUCCAUGUGGAGAAGGAGAAAUUAGUAAUAUAACAGGUUCCCUCCACUGCAAAAGUUGUCCAUCUGAGUUUUGGUCCAAUACUGAGCGAACUGUCUGUAUACGACGCCAGAUGGACUUUCUUUCCUUUAAUGAAACACUGGGCAUUACUCUGACUACAGUCGCUGUGUCUGGUGUCAUAGUGACAACAGCUGUGUUUGUGGUUUUCCUUUACUACCGUCAAACACCUAUGGUUCGAGCCAACAACUCAGAGCUGAGUUUCCUUCUUCUUCUGUCACUGAAGCUCUGCUUCCUGUGUUCUCUGGUGUUCAUUGGUCGUCCAUCAGUCUGGUCUUGUCGGUUCCAGCAGGCAGCCUUUGGGAUCAGCUUUGUACUCUGUGUUUCCUGUCUUCUGGUGAAGACCAUGGUGGUUUUGGCAGCUUUCCGCUCAGCUCGUCCCGGUGCUGCAGCUUUGAUGAAGUGGUUUGGUCCAGGUCUACAGAGAGGAAGUGUCUGCCUGUUCACCAGUGUACAGAUCAUCAUCUGCAUCAUAUGGUUAUCCAUCAGUCCACCAGUACCUCACCGUGACUUGGGUAUCCAAGGGUCAAAGGUCACUCUGAAGUGUGCCAUGGCCUCUGUGGUGGGCUUCUCUCUGGUUCUGGGCUACAUCGGUCUGCUGGCCUGUUCCUGCCUCCUCUUGGCUUUUCUUGCCAGGAAACUCCCUGACAACUUCAAUGAGGCCAAACUGAUCACUUUCAGCAUGCUGAUAUUUUGUGCUGUUUGGGUGGCCUUUGUCCCUGCUUAUGUUAGCUCUCCUGGGAAAUAUGUGGUUGCUGUUGAGAUUUUUGCGAUCCUGGCCUCUAGUUAUGGUUUACUGUUCUGCAUCUUUGCCCCAAAAUGUUUCAUUAUUCUUUUGAGGCCUGAGAAAAACACCAAGAAACACCUGAUGGGUAGAUAA